AUGUGCUGCUGUACUAGUGACACCACCACUAGUAGGAUAUUUGGUCCUCUUUUACACCCACUACCCAAAUCCAAGUUAAAGGUGUGGCCUUGUCCCAAGAGGAACACACGCUUGGGUUUGUGUGCCUUUGUCAUCAAAAGGCCGCACCAGCAGGUGGUGGUCAACACCAAAAAGCCCAGAAAUUCAGUGUCCUCUGAGGAAGUUGUGAGGGUGCUAAAGUCCAUUUCAGACCCGACCUCUGCCUUCUCAUUCUUCAAGUCCAUUGCUGACUUGCCCACUGUGCUUCACACCACUGAAACUUGCAAUUACAUGCUUCAACUCCUUGGGGUUCAUAGGAGGGUGGGCGAUAUGGCUUUUGUCUUUGAUUUAAUGCAGAGGCAUAUCAUUAACAGGAGUCUGGACACUUACCUCACCAUAUUUAAGGGUCUUAAUAUCAGAGGUGGAAUUCGAGCAGCACCCUAUGCUCUUCCAAGGUUGCGCAAACAUGGCUUCGUCUUGAAUGCCUUUUCUUACAAUGGCUUGAUCUAUAUGCUUAUCCAGUCUGGCUACUGUAGGGAGGCUUUGCAGGUCUACCAAACUAUGGUGUCACAAGGUAUUAGGCCCAGCCUCAAGACAUACUCAGCUCUUAUGGUCGCAUUGGGAAAGAGAAGGGAUGUUCAAGCUGUUAUGGGUCUGCUCAAAGAGAUGGAAACUUUAGGACUCAGGCCUAAUGUUUAUACUUUCACUAUAUGCAUUAGAGUACUCGGGAGGGCCGGGAAGAUUGAUGAGGCCUAUCAAAUAUUCAAGAGGAUGGAUAACGAGGGAUGUGGCCCCGACGUUAUCACCUACACUGUUCUCAUCGAUGCCCUCUGUAAUGCAGGUAAACUCGACAAUGCCAAGAAGUUGUUUGCAAAUAUGAAAGCAAGGGGUCAUAAGCCUGACCAAGUAACCUACAUUACGCUGCUGGACAAGUUUAGCGACUGUAAAGACUUGGACACAGUAAGAGAAUUCUGGAGUGAAAUGAAAGCUGAUGGUUAUGCUCCUGAUGUGGUCACUUUCACUAUACUAGUCGAUUCUUUGUGCAAAGCUGGAAACGUAGAUGAAGCAUUCAGUAUGUUGGAUAUCAUGAGGAAAGAAGGUGUCUCACCAAAUCUUCAUACCUACAACACAUUAAUUUGUGGACUUCUGCGGUUAUGUAGGUUGGAUGAGGCACUUCAGCUCUUCAACAGUAUGGAUUCUCUUGGUGUUACACCUACUGCUUAUACAUACAUCCUUUUCAUCGACUAUUAUGGGAAGUCUGGUAAGUCGAGAAAAGCUAUUGAGGCCUAUGAGAGGAUGAAAACUCGAGGCAUUGUUCCUAAUAUUGUUGCUUGUAAUGCCUCUUUGUAUGGUCUUGCUGAGGAGGGUAGACUUCACGAGGCGAAACAUAUUUAUGAUGAGCUUAUAUACAGUGGGCUUUCUCCGGAUUCAGUAACUUAUAACAUGAUGAUGAAGUGCUAUAGUAGGGUGGGUCAAAUAGAUGAAGCCAUCAAGUUACUCUCAGAGAUGGAAAGGAAUGGGUGCGAGGCUGAUGUCAUCAUUGUUAAUUCGUUGAUUGACAUGCUUUACAAGGCUGGCCGAGUAGAUGAGGCAUGGCAAAUGUUUUACAGAAUGAAGGAAAUGAAGCUCACUCCAACAGUUGUGACCUACAAUACAUUACUGGCUGCAUUAGGGAAAGAGGGUCAAGUCGGAAAAGCUAUUGCAAUGUUUGAGAAUAUGACUGAACAAGGGUGUCCUCCAAAUGCAAUAACGUUCAACACACUCCUGAAUUGCCUUUGCAAGAAUGAUGAGGUCAAUUUGGCCUUGAAAAUGCUUUGCAAAAUGACCGUGAUGAAUUGCUGUCCUGAUGUUCUGACCUAUAAUACUAUAAUUCAUGGCUUAAUCAGAGAAAACAGAAUUGAUUAUGCAUUCUGGUUCUUCCAUCAGAUGAAGAAACUCCUACUUCCUGAUCAUAUAACAUUGUACACCCUCCUUCCCAGUGUUGUAAAGGAUGGGCGCAUUGAGGAUGCUCUCAAAGUUUCUGGGGAGUUUGCGUAUCAGGUCGGGGUUCGAGCAGACAAGCCUUUCUGGGAAGAGUUGAUUGGAACGGUUAUUAUUCAAGCUGAAGAAGACCGAGCUGUUUUAUUUGCUGAAAGGUUGAUUUCUGAGAGAAUUUGCCUAGAUGAUUCUGUUCUGAUACCUCUACUUCGAUUUUUGUGUACACGUGGGAAAACUCUUGAUGCUCAGAAUUUGUUUACAAAGUUCACUAGAACUCUUGGAGUUCAGCCAACACUAGAAGCAUAUAACUGUUUGAUCGAGUGGCUUCUUAAAGACCAUUUCACUGAACAAGCUUGGGAUCUAUUCAAGGAGAUGAAAAUUGCUGGCUGUGCACCUGAUGUUUUCACCUACAAUUUGUUACUUGAUGCUCAUGGGAAGUCUGGGAACAUCACUGAACUCUUUGAAUUGUAUGACGAGAUGAUUUGCAGGGGACACAAGCCUAACACCAUAACACACAAUAUAGUUAUCUCCAGUCUUGUGAAAUCUGAUAGCCUAGACAGGGCUAUAAAUCUCUAUUAUGAUCUUGUGAGUGGUGAUUUUUCUCCUUCUCCUUGUACAUAUGGCCCUCUCAUUGAUGGACUUUUCAAGUCGGGAAGACUAGAGGAAGCAAUGCAUUUCUUUGAGGAGAUGGCAGAAUAUGGAUGCAAGCCUAAUUGUGCGAUCUUCAAUAUUCUUAUAAAUGGUUUUUCAAAAGUAGGUGAUGUGGAAACUGCUUGCGAGUUGUUUAAAAGGAUGAUUAAAGAAGGGAUAAGACCAGACCUGAAGUCGUUCACCAUUCUUGUGGAUUGCUACUGCCAGGCUGGAAGAGUGGAUGAUGCUUUGCACUAUUUUGAGGAGUUGAGACAAAGUGGCCUUGAUCCUGAUUCAGUUUCCUACAACCUUAUGAUUAAUGGACUCGGAAGAUCACGGAGGAUGGAGGAAGCUCUGGUUCUUUAUGAUGAAAUGCGGAAGAGAAGAAUUACUCCUGAUAUUUUCACCUACAAUUCAUUGAUACUCAAUCUUGGACUUGUUGGAAUGGUGGAGGAAGCAGGAAGGAUAUAUAAAGAACUACUACUUACUGGUCUUGAACCUGAUGUGUUUACUUACAAUGCUCUCAUUCGGCUGUAUAGCACUUCUGGAAAUACAGAUGAUGCUUAUGCAGUCUACAAGAACAUGAUGGUUGGCGGCUGCAGUCCCAAUGUUGGAACGUAUGCGCAGCUUCCCAAUCAAACUUGA